AUGGAGGCGUGGGUGUUCGACCGUUCGGGUCCCUAUAGCUCCGGCGUCAUCGACGUCUACAAGGACUCAAGACGGUUCUUUUCAGAUGAAAAAGUGCUGCAGCUGGGUGAAAUACUUUCCUUUCAACAUGCCAUCGUGUGUCGCGGGACCACAUGUUUUCUCACAAACGAUGGACAAGGCGUAGCUAAAUUCUCAUGGGUGUCGGACAAGCGGCGGCCGGAGGUGGAACUCCUUGAGCUAGCAUGUCAAAAGAAUGUCCAAGGAGUUGCAAGGAUCAUCGGUCACAGUACCAUCACCAGCAUCGCCGACAUGCGCUGCAGUCUGACAUUCGACAAGCGCCACCACUUCAAAAGCGCACCCCCCAGCGCAACCUCCUCAUUUCAUCAAUCUCAGCCGCUCAUCGAGCCGCGCCGCUUAGAUAUCCGUCGAAAGUCAUCUUCCAGGAAACGCAGAUCCCCGGAUAAGGGGAUGCAGGCAUCCAAACGAUCGCGUUCCACCAAUCAGCCAUCAAGGGACACUCAGGAGGAAAAUGAACUAGCUUUCUCCAUUCAGUCAGCGCACAAACCGAGUCUCUUCGACAAGAAUGGUGAGGAACUGUACGACAACCGUGUCCUCCGGUGUCUCGUGAUCUCGCCCGCUGGCCGGCCGAUCUAUGACUACAAAUCACCGUUGGAGCUUCUCACGGCGCUGCGUGAUGCAAUAAAGGCGCACCGGUCUCUUUACCUGGAUGGGAACAUCCUUCAUCGGGAUAUUUCGGAGAACAACAUAAUAAUCACCGAUCCAGACAAGGCGGAUGGCUACUCUGGCAUGCUGAUUGAUCUGGAUCUUGCCAAAGAAGUUGGAAGUGGGCGAAGCGGCGCGCGGCACCAGACUGGCACAAUGGAGUUCAUGGCAAUCGAGGUGCUGCUGAAUAUCGACCAUACCUAUCGGCAUGAUCUUGAGUCUUUUUUCUACGUGCUUAUGCGUGUGUCACGCUGUCGCAACGCCACGGUUGGGAAAAAUUAA